AUGCAUGCAUGGCUCCUGCAUGAUUAAAGACGAAGGCGCUAUUUAGCAUCAGCUGGAUCAUCAUUUUAAUUGCACCUGCUAAUCAAACGUAGAGAUUAAAACAGAGGGAAACACGUAAAUUCCUUCCCCGACCGAGGAGGUGACAGCAAUGUCGACUUCCGAGUCGGUCCUACAGGCCCUGGCGAGGAAGCCAUCUCGCAGCGCCGCCAUGACCACCUUCUCCAUGGAGGUCUUCGACAACGAGGUUGUCCCCUCGUCCCUUGCCUCUAUUGCUCCCAUCCUCCGAGUCGCUAACGAGAUCGAAAGCGAGCGACCUCGAGUUUCUUAUCUCUGUCGAUUCUAUGCGUUUGAGAAGGCGCACAGGUUGGAUCAAAGCUCGAGUGGGCGUGGCGUGAGGCAGUUUAAGACAGGGCUCCUGCAACGGUUAGAAAGGGACAAUGCUUCUAGUCUUGCCUCUCGGGUGAAGAAGACGGAUGCAAGGGAAAUUGAAAGCUUUUAUCAGCAAUACUAUAAACACUAUGUUAGUGCUCUGGACCAAGGGGAACAGGCAGACAGAGCUCAACUCGGAAAAGCUUAUCAGACAGCUGGAGUGCUAUUUGAAGUGCUUUGUGCUGUUAAUAAAACUGAGAAAGUUGAAGAAGUUGCUCCUGAGAUUAUCGCGGCCGCCAGAGAUGUCCAAGAAAAGACAGAAAUUUAUGCACCGUAUAAUAUUCUUCCUUUGGAUUCCGCCGGGGCUUCACAGUCUAUCAUGCAGCUUGAAGAGGUUAAGGCUGCUGUGGCUGCACUGUGGAACACUCGUGGCUUGAGCUGGCCCAGUGCGUUUGAGCAACACAGGCAGAAAGCAGGAGAUUUAGACCUCCUUGAUUGGCUGAGGGCCAUGUUCGGGUUCCAGAGAGACAAUGUCAGGAACCAGAGGGAGAAUUUGAUUUUGCUACUUGCUAAUGCUCAUAUAAGGCUUCAUCCCAAGCCUGAACCUCUUAACAAGCUUGAUGAACGUGCUGUUGAUGCAGUUAUGAACAAGCUCUUCAAGAAUUACAAAACAUGGUGCAAGUUUUUGGGACGAAAACACAGUUUACGGCUUCCUCAAGGUCAGCAAGAGAUACAGCAGAGAAAGUUGCUAUACAUGGGCUUAUAUCUUCUUAUUUGGGGAGAAGCAGCUAACAUUCGCUUCAUGCCAGAAUGUCUAUGCUAUAUAUUUCAUAAUAUGGCUUACGAACUCCAUGGCCUAUUGGCUGGAAAUGUUAGCAUUGUCACUGGUGAAAAUAUUAAGCCUUCUUAUGGUGGUGAUGAUGAGGCAUUCCUGCGGAAGGUUAUAACGCCCCUGUAUCGUGUAAUAGAAAAGGAAGCCGAGAAGAGCAGAAAUGGUAGAGCUUCUCACACUGCCUGGUGCAAUUAUGAUGAUCUGAAUGAGUACUUCUGGUCGUCUCAUUGCUUCUCUCUUGGUUGGCCUAUGCGUGAUGAUGGUGAUUUUUUUAAAUCAACACGUGAUAUAGUACAGGGAAUGAAGUGUUCUGGAGAAAAAGCUGGAACCACAGGCAAAUCAUACUUUGUUGAGACCAGAACAUUUUGGCACAUUUUUCGAAGUUUUGAUAGAUUGUGGACCUUUUAUAUUCUGGCUCUACAGGGAAUGAUCAUCAUUGCCUGGAAAAAGAUUAAACUAGUAGAUAUAUUUCAAGCAAAAGUCCUAUUCGAUCUAUCCACGAUAUUCAUCACUGCAGCCAUUCUUCGUUUCCUUCAAUGUAAUUUGGACCUUUUUCUGAACUUCCCAGGAUAUCAUAGGUGGAGGUUCACUGAUGUGCUGAGAAAUAUUCUCAAAAUAAUCGUUAGUCUUGCAUGGGCCAUCAUUCUUCCGGUUUUUUAUCUGCACUCAUCUAAAAUGGCUCCUAAAAACAUUAAAGAUAUGUUGUCAUUUCUUGGUGAAGUGAAAGGCAUUUCCCCUCUAUAUAUCAUGGCUGUAGCCAUCUAUUUGCUCCCAAAUUUACUGACAGCUGCUUUGUUCGUCUUCCCGAUGUUCCGUCGUUGGAUUGAAAACUCAGAUUGGCAUAUCAUUAGGUUCCUCUUGUGGUGGUCACAGCCAAGAAUAUAUGUUGGGAGGGGAAUGCAUGAAAGUCAGUUCGCCCUGAUAAAGUAUACUAUUUUUUGGUUGGUACUUCUGAGUUCCAAGUUUGCAUUCAGCUAUUUUGUCCAGAUAAAACCGUUGGUGAAGCCGACACGUGACAUAAUGAAUAUUCGUCGUAUUGACUAUGACUGGCAUGAAUUUUUCCCUGAAGCAAAAAAGAAUUAUGGAGCACUUGUGGCACUCUGGGUACCGGUGAUAUUGGUCUAUUUCAUGGACACUCAAAUUUGGUAUGCCAUUUGCUCGACUUUAUAUGGUGGUGUUCUGGGGGCCUUUGAUCGUCUAGGAGAGAUACGAACUCUUGGCAUGCUAAGGUCAAGGUUCCAGUCCUUACCUGGCGCAUUCAACACAUAUUUGGUGCCUUCUGAUAGGUCACAGAAAAGGGGAUUCUCGUUAUCCAAGCGUUUUGCUGAGAUCACGACAAGCAGGAGAAGUGAAGCUGCCAAAUUUGCUCAGUUAUGGAAUGAAGUAAUAUGUAGUUUCCGUGAGGAAGAUCUACUAAGCGACAGGGAAAUGGAUCUUUUGAUAGUUCCUUAUUCAUCGGAUCCAAGUCUGAAAAUAAUUCAGUGGCCACCUUUUUUGCUUGCCAGCAAGAUCCCAAUAGCAUUGGAUAUGGCUGCUCAAUUUCGAUCCAAGGACUCUGAUCUUUGGAGGCGCAUAUGUGCGGAUGAAUAUAUGAAAUGUGCUGUGAUUGAAUGCUAUGAAUCUUUCAAGCAUGUUCUGAAUGCCUUGGUGGUUGGCGAAACAGAAAAAAGGAUAAUGGGCAUCAUCUUCAAAGAAGUUGAAAGUAACAUUUCAAAGAAUGCACUUCUUGUAAAUUUCAGAAUGGGCCCUUUGCCUACUCUUUGCAAGACAUUUGUGGAGCUUGUGGGGAUCUUGAAAGACAGCGAUCCAUCCAAGAAAGAUACAGUGGUGUUGUUGCUGCAAGAUAUGCUAGAAGUAGUUACUCGUGAUAUGAUGGUGAAUGAGAUCCGUGAACUGGUAGAAGUUGGUCAUAGCACCAAGGAUUCUGGAAGGCAACUUUUUGCUGGCACCGAUGCCAAACCUGCUAUAGUGUUCCCUCCUAUAGUCACUGCACAAUGGGAAGAACAGAUAAGACGCCUCUAUAUACUAUUGACGGUGAAGGAAUCUGCCCUUGAUGUACCAACAAAUCUUGAAGCACGCAGAAGGAUUGCCUUUUUCACAAAUUCAUUGUUCAUGGAUAUGCCACGUGCUCCACGAGUUCGUAAAAUGCUCUCAUUCAGUGUCUUGACUCCAUACUAUAGCGAGGAAACUGUCUAUUCUAAAGCUGACCUUGAGAUGGAAAAUGAAGAUGGUGUAUCAGUCAUAUAUUACCUUCAAAAGAUUUUCCCAGAUGAGUGGAAUAACUUCAUGGAGCGACUGAAUUGCAAAAACAAUAGUGAGAUAUGGGAAAAUGAAGAGAACAUAUUGCAUCUUCGUCACUGGGUCUCUUUAAGGGGACAAACUCUGUGCAGAACAGUUAGGGGGAUGAUGUACUACCGACGGGCUUUGAAGCUUCAGGCUUUUCUCGACAUGGCUAGUGAAAAAGAGAUACUUGAAGGCUACAAGGCUGUCACAAUUCCAUCAGAGGAAGAUAAGAAAAGUCAGAGAUCGCUAUAUGCACAAUUAGAGGCUGUGGCUGACAUGAAAUUCACAUAUGUUGCUACAUGUCAGAAUUAUGGGAAUCAGAAGCGCAGUGGAGAUCGCCGUGCAACAGAUAUUCUUAAUUUGAUGGUUAAUAAUCCCUCUCUUCGUGUAGCAUAUAUAGACGAAGUUGAGGAGAGAGAAGGCGGAAAGGUACAGAAGGUUUACUACUCUGUAUUGGUCAAAGGUGUUGAUAACCUAGAUCAGGAAAUCUAUCGGAUAAAAUUGCCAGGAUCGGCAAAGAUAGGAGAAGGGAAGCCUGAAAAUCAGAACCAUGCUAUAAUUUUUACUAGAGGGGAAGCUGUCCAGACCAUCGACAUGAACCAGGAUAAUUACUUGGAAGAAGCUUUUAAGAUGCGUAACCUUUUGGAAGAGUUUAAUGAGGACCAUGGAGUGCGUCCACCUACGAUUUUGGGUGUUCGUGAGCAUAUCUUUACCGGAAGUGUAUCUUCAUUGGCUUGGUUUAUGUCAAACCAAGAAACGUCAUUUGUUACCAUAGGCCAAAGAGUGCUUGCAAGACCUUUGAAGGUUCGGUUCCACUAUGGUCAUCCAGAUGUAUUUGAUAGAAUAUUCCACAUUACUCGUGGUGGCAUCAGUAAGGCUUCUCGUGGCAUCAACCUGAGCGAGGACAUAUUUGCAGGUUUCAAUUCAACUUUAAGACGAGGGAAUGUUACUCAUCAUGAAUAUAUCCAAGUUGGAAAGGGUAGAGAUGUCGGGCUCAACCAAAUCUCACUCUUUGAAGCGAAAGUGGCCUGUGGUAAUGGAGAGCAGACGCUGAGCAGGGAUAUCUAUCGAUUAGGGCAUCGUUUCGACUUUUUUCGCAUGCUGUCGUUUUAUUUCACGACAGUAGGAUUCUACGUCAGUGCUAUGAUGGUUGUCAUUACAGUCUAUGUUUACUUAUAUGGCAAACUUUACCUGUCAUUGAGUGGAUUGGAGAAGGAAAUAGUUAGGUUUGCCAGGAAAAAGGGAGAUGAUCCUUUAAAGGCAGCAAUGGCUUCGCAAUCUCUUGUUCAAAUAGGUCUUUUGAUGGCCUUGCCCAUGGUCAUGGAGAUUGGACUGGAGAGAGGGUUUGGAACUGCAUUAGGUGACAUAAUAAUCAUGCAGAUGCAGCUAGCUGCAGUUUUCUUCACGUUCUCACUUGGAACAAAGGUCCAUUACUUUGGGCGCACCAUUCUGCAUGGUGGGGCAAAGUACAGAGCAACUGGGCGUGGUUUUGUGGUUCGUCACGAGAAGUUUGCAGAGAACUAUAGGCUGUAUUCAAGGAGCCACUUUGUGAAAGGGUUGGAGCUUAUGAUAUUGCUUAUAGUUUAUAGGAUUUAUGGUUCAGCUGCUCCUGAUCCUUCAUCUUAUACCCUCCUCACAUUUUCCAUGUGGUUUUUAGUGGCUUCUUGGUUGUUUGCUCCUUUCCUCUUCAACCCUUCAGGCUUUGAAUGGCAGAAGAUAGUGGAAGAUUGGGAUGAUUGGACAAAGUGGAUAACGAGCCGAGGCGGAAUUGGUGUGCCAGCAAACAAGAGCUGGGAAUCCUGGUGGGAUGAGGAACAGGAACAUCUGCUGUAUACUGGAUUUUUUGGUCGGUUCUGGGAUAUUGUUCUUGCUCUGCGCUUCUUUGUCUUUCAGUAUGGAAUUGUAUAUCAUCUACAUGCAGUAGGAGAAGACACAAGCAUUAAAGUUUAUGGUCUGUCCUGGCUGGUCAUUGUAGCAGUCGUGGUCAUCUUAAAGAUCGUGUCGAUGGGAAGCAAGCAAUUCAGUGCAGAUUUCCAGCUGAUGUUCCGUCUGAUGAAGUUAGUCCUUUUUAUUGGAUGCGUAUUCACCGUUUUUGUGCUAUUUACUGUGGUUAAUCUCACAGUCGGAGACAUCUUUGCUAGCCUGCUGGCAUUCUUGCCAACAGGAUGGGCACUUCUGCAGAUAUCACAGGCUUGCAGGCCGUUCGUAAAGGGCAUUGGAAUGUGGGGAUCAGUGAAAGCUCUAGCAAGAGGUUAUGAAUACAUUAUGGGGUUAGUAAUCUUUGCGCCCGUGGCCAUGCUGGCCUGGUUCCCAUUCGUCUCAGAGUUCCAGACCAGGCUGUUAUUCAACCAAGCUUUCAGCAGAGGCCUUCAGAUUCAACGAAUUCUGGCUGGUGGCAAGAAGAACAAGUAAAACCACCCAUGCAGCAUCAACAUGAUCUUCCCAGAAGAGAUGAGAAAAAAGGAGAUAGGGGCUUUUUUUCAGGAAGUUUUAGUCGUUAUAGAGAACAAUCAGGAAAUGAAAACGCAGCAUGCUUUAUCUAGUGUGGUAUCUCCAUCUCCUGCUCGGGACCCAUCUUUACAUCUUGCGGGAAGUAACUGUCUUUUUGGUCCUUGUGAGGUCCUCACACUCGACAAUAAAGGUUUCAAUCCAAAGUUUACAAAUCCUUGUUACUUGGUACGUGAAUUGUGAGCAAUAUGCAAUUAAAAUGUAUAUCCAAUUGGUAUCA